AAAAAAUACGAAAAUUAAAUCGACAACUUUGCAAAAUCGUGCAAUGGGAACAAGGAAGUAGAGGUAUAAUCUUCAAUCUUUGCAGUGCUCCACUGUCACUGCAAAUUCAGGAACUCCAUGAAUCCUUCUCCAAUUCAACCUUUUCUCCCUUCCCAAAACCCUAACCCUAAUUUCCCACUCCCUCCCCUCUCGCAAAACCCUAACCCUGUUUGCCCUCCAUCCCUCUCCGCCGCUCUAUGCUCCCUCACCUCCCUCGUCUCUCUCUCCCACCGAACCCUCGACUCCCAUUCUACCCUCACCACAUCCCUAAACUCUGGCCUUGUCACUUGCCCUUCUAACCCUAACCAUCUACUUCCCCCAGGGUCUCUUUUCUCCCAUUUCCUGCACUGCCCUUCCCCACGAACUAUCGACCUUCACCCCCCAAAUUACCGUAAUACCCUCAAAUCCGCUUUACAUUUACAUCCCCAAGACUCCAUUUUUCAGGGUAAGCAAUGCUCGGACCUUUGCCUCUCUUUAGAUGAUUACUUUUCUGAUUUUGGGUCUCAUUUCUUUUACAAAAAUUGUCCUGGUGCUGUCAGUUUGUUUGAUAUUGAUAACAACACUAAAGCCACGUUUACUUUACCCGCUUUUUUAUCGGUUGAAUGCGUUAGUUCUGAGGGUUCUAAUGAAAGAGAGAGUGAGGCCAGUGAAAGGAAGGGUUUAAGGGUUUUAGCUUCGGGUUUAUGGGAUAUUGGGAGGGAAGUUGAGGGGUGGGGUGAUUACCCUGCUUCGUAUUCGUUUAAUAUUGCUUGCGGGAUAUUGGGUUCGAGAAUGAUGAAAGGAGGGGAUUUGAGGAAAUGGUUGGUUGCUAAUUCACCAAGAUAUGGUAUUGUGAUUGAUGAGUAUAUGGGGGAUCAUAUCGUUUUGCUCGUUAGGUUGUGUUUGAAGGCUGUUGCGAGGGAAGCUACCAGUUUAGUGGAAGCAGGGAUGGAAUACAAAGAAGAUAAGGUGAAAGAAUCGGAUGUGUGUUUGGCGAGGAGAAUGUUUGAUUGUCCUGUUUUGCUUCAAGUUUUAAUGUGGUUAGGUUCUCAGCUUUCUGUUUUGUAUGGUGAAUUAAAUGGGAAAUUCUUUGCAAUUAAUAUGAUCAAGCAAUGUGUGUUAGAAGGAGCAUCAAGGUUGUUGUUGUUUCCCAUGGAAGAAAAGGUGAUCGAUUCACUUAAUUUGGGACAAGAGUCACAAAGUUUGGUUACUAAUGGUGUUGAGGAAAUUAAACUUGAGGAGCCAACUGAGGAAAGUAAUGAACCAGUUAAAACAGUUGACGGAAGCAUUGGUGCUGGGACGAUACUUGUAUCCCAGGUAGCAGCAGCAGUUGCUGCAUUGCAUGAACGGUGUUUCCUUGAAGGAAAAAUAAAGCAUUUACGGGCUUCCCGACCUCCUUCAAGAUAUGAGCGGAUGGCCGAGCAUGCUUAUGUUUCAGAGAGAGCUGAUGCAGAGAGGAAAAAACGUCCCAACUAUAGACCCAUAAUUGAUCAUGAUGGGCUUCCUCGGCAGGCAUCAUCUAAUGAGGAAACAAAUAGAACUAAAACAAGAGAGGAGAUAUUGGCUGAAGAAAGAGACUACAAAAGGCGAAGAAUGUCAUAUCGUGGGAAGAAAUUGAAGCGGACAAAAUUGGAGGUUAUGAGGGAUAUAAUAGAGGAAUACACUGAGGAAAUCAAGAAAGCUGGUGGCAUUGGUUGCUUUGUCAAAGGAGCAGAAGAAGAAAGGAGGUUGUCAUCUGAAUCACCAGUUCCUUAUGAUCAUGCUGUGAAUGCUGGUGAGCAUAGAAAAGGUACCAGUGAUAUUUCUGAAGCAGUGAGUGGUAGCCCAAACCAUUAUGGGAGAAGAUCACACAAUGACCAGCAUAGUAGAUCUUCAAGGUUCGAAAAUUACUCACGGAACAAUUUUGAGCAAUCGAGAAGGCAUCGUGAUCUUGAAGAUCAAAGGAGAAGAAUUGGUGAAGAGAAACACAGAGAAGACCAUUCCAGAACCUCGAGACACAGAAGUCAUGGGGGGUCAGACGGACGAAGAAGCCAUAGAAGGGAGCGUGAUGAUGUAGAACCCACAAGAGCCACACACUAUGAGAGAGGAAGUCGAUCUAGUAUUUCUAAAUAUAGGGAUUACAAAUCAUCUUAUUCUGUUUCUAAUUCUUCUGAUGACUCUCAUGAAAAAAAGAAUGACCUGAAGUUGGACAGUAGAGACCAGAAUCGAAGGAGCUCCUAUGAGAAUCAAACUUCAGGCUCCAGGGCACAAAAUGGAUUUGAUGAUAGAUAUAAUCCUUUAGAAUCUGAAGACAUGUAUGAUGAUGUACUCGGUGGCAAGUAUGUCAGACCAGAUUGAUAUCAUGGAUGUGGCUGCGGGUUUUCUGCAAAUGAACUAUAUCCUUAUUGAUGUGGAAAAUCUUGAGUAGGUUCCUUUCCUUGGUAAUAAGUCAUGAGGCUUCGGCAUAUCUCAAUAUGUAUCCUCCUUAGUAUCCUUUAUUGUAUAUUAUUUUCCCAGUUUAGCGCUGGCACUUUUUGUUUUUGUCUUUUUGAUCUGUGCUUCUUGAUUUUUCCAAUUCUUAACUUAUGUAACAAAGGAGCCUUAAUUUUGGCCUCAGCAUUUUCAGUAUCCUUUUUCUCUGAGACAUUAAAAUCUUCAAUAUCAUGAGUUAUGUCAUCUUAGAACUUUCUUGAGGGCCAUUAAGAGCAUAUUUAAUGGCUUUAUUCAUAUCCUCAUUUUCUUGUGAUCAUUAUAGGUUGCUAUGUAUUUAUAAUUUAUCUAUAGUCUUAGCAUUACUUUUUCUUAAGAUCUUACGAAGAAUUUUACAAUACUGUUAACUAUACUCAUAGCUGGUUUAAGGUGAAGACAUGAUAUGAUUUAAAUCAUUGUUCUAGCUCCUGUCUGUCUUUAGCAUUGGGUUAAUGAAAACUCAAAAUAUUCUGUGUUGGUGUCAAUUUCGCUUUUUCUGCUAUACUUUCAGGAUGUUGCAGGUACCAUAUUCUACAUAGCUGAUUGCCCGAUUCAAGUUGCUAGCAGUGUUGCUAUGCUGUGAACUUAUUUUAUGGCUUUCUACUAUUGAGAUCAUUCUUUUCUUUCUGUUGUGUCAUGGUUGAAACUUAGAAAGCAUAAAUAUUUAAAAAGCUAGCAGAAGGAUAAGGUUGCAAUGCAAGUCUUUUGGCUAAUGCUGAAAAACAUAAAAGUAUCUUAGUUGCAUACUAAUUGAAGAUUUUACAGGUUUGUUAUGGUAUAUGAUAGCCGCAAACUAUCAUUUUGCUAAAUUCUCAGGCAAAGACUCCCAUGUUAUAUUCAUCUUGUCAUUCUCAUCGUAAUAGUUGUCAUAUGUAUAUUGUUGCUGUCAUUCAUUCAUGUAUAGGGUGUUUGUAAAGGAUGCCUUCUUACAGUUUGAUGUUCUUUACUUGUAGAUGGCAAGGGAUGACAUUGGCCCUUACGGAUGGAGAGUAUGGAAUUUGACAAUGAAAAUUAAAUCUACUUUUCUUUUUUAAUCUUUUGCCCUGUUUGCCUAUGAAAAUCUACUUGCACCUGAAUUUUAACAAACAACGAAGUUCUUUGUUUUCGUUUUUGGUGUAAAAUAUUGUAUACAGUUUAUUUUUAUGUUAAUUUUAUGUACCUAUUACCUUGUUUGUUUGAAGAA